GUCGUGUUUAGAAUUAUGAUCUUUGCUUGCUUGAAAUUUGCAGAUACCAAUCGAAUCGCCAUGGCUAAGAGUUCUUUCAAGGUUUCUAAUCCUCUCGAGGCAAGGAUGAGUGAAUCUUCUCGAAUCAGAGAGAAGUAUCCUGAUAGAAUCCCUGUGAUUGUGGAGAAGGCUGGACAAAGUGAUGUUCCUGACAUUGACAAGAAGAAGUAUCUUGUACCAGCAGAUCUAACUGUGGGACAGUUUGUAUACGUGGUUCGCAAAAGGAUCAAGCUUGGCGCUGAGAAAGCUAUCUUUGUCUUUGUCAAGAACACAUUGCCUCCAACUGCUGCAUUGAUGUCUGCAAUCUAUGAAGAACACAAAGAUGAAGAUGGGUUCCUCUACAUGACUUACAGCGGAGAGAACACUUUUGGAUCUUUUACCGUUGCUUGAAUAAUCAAUCUUUCCAUGACUUCGAUGUACAUACAUAAAAUCAGGAAGAUAACAUGUACAUUGCUUCCUUAGUCUCUCUGGCUUUGCUUUGGAUGUUUGAAUCUCUUUGCCUUUUGGGUUUAUUAAUCUCGUCGGAGACGUUUCUUUUUUUUCUUA